AUGUUUAUUCAGAGAUUAGGAUUAUCCAGAAGUUUAUGCUCAUGUCGUCGAUUUUCUGCAGUAGUACCUCAAGGGGAUGCAGUAAGUGGUUUGAUGGUAAAAGGGUACAGUAUUUAGAGCCUGGCCGAAUCUGAAAACGAUCGUACGAAAACGAUUGACUUGUUAGGAGAGAUAGCUACGGAUGAAUUAGAAUGUCUUCCAGAUGAUGAAAAGCCAUCUUUUUUUGUGUCUGGCCUAGUCCGAGGCAUAGAUAAAGGCUUUGGAAGAGAAGAAAGUAGACCAGCCAACAGAUUUAGGAACGUUAUUUAUAAUGAGGGAGAGUUGGAGAACUCCGACUUAACGAAGCCUCCGGCUUUGUAAGUUUAAUCUCAUCAAGACUGAUGUGUUUAGAGACAAUCCACAUCCAUUUGAUCCUAGUUCUCUGCCUCCAACUCAUUCAAACAGCCUGGUUUCUUAUGUAAAUUAUGUUACAGUGCUCCAGAAACUUGUAGAUAUUGGAGUCGACUUAUAUCAGGUAAAUUGAGCUUUGUACGUAGUUGAUUACUGUAUUCAGGUGGAUAAUGAGCCUAAAAUAGGUCGAAAAAUAAUGUAUCUAAAUUGGGAAUCAGACGUGUUGCCGCGAUUGAAAUGGCUUGUUCAAUAUUUGGGAGUUUCUCCAGAGGAAAUUGGGUCAUAUCUAACCAGAAACCCCUAUUUCCUUCUUCAAGAUACCAAUAGGUUACAAGAUAGAAUAAAUUAUCUGAAAUCGAAAAAAUUUUCUCAAAGUGAGAUUUGGAAAUUGGUCAUUUCAUAUCGGUAAGCUUUCUUUCACUUAUACGAUGAUGAUAGGUAUUGGUUGAAUAAUGACAUCGAUGUAAUCGAUCUGAGAUUAGGAUGGAUUCAGAAACAAUUCAGAUUAAAGGGAAAAGAGCUCAGAAAAGUAAUUGUGAAAGAGCCCAGGGUCAUACAAUACGGGAUUGCUCCUUUAUCGGUGAGUUUCAUCGAUUCAAUUUGAAUAAAUUUACUUUCAGCGGAUCACAAUGCUGAUGAAUAAUGAUUUUUCUUUUGAUGUCGGCGAGAUAAAGGCCAUUUUCUUGAACGAUCCUCGAUGUUUUAUGAUGGGUAUCGUCUUUGGUUCUAUUAAUUAAAUAAAAAAAAUUUUCAGAUGUCUCCCAUCUUAAUAACACUUACAAUUUCCUUCAUCAAGUCAUGCAGAUUGAGAAUGAGCAAAUAGUUGAAUUCCCGAUGGUUCUACGGUGUUCAGUAUCCAUGUUAAGGAGAAGGUUCGAGUUUUUAAAACGUCUUCAGAAGGCCCAAUUCAAUCCAGAACUGCCAGAUUAUAUCUCUCUUCAGAAAGUAUUACAUCCAAGUGAUAAAUAUUUUGCUGAGAAGAUAUGCUCGACACCGCUAGCUGAUUACCAAGCAUUUUUGAAGACUCUCUAA